GUGGGUUUGGUCGCGGCCCAAACACCCCCAAUAGUUACUUCUGAGGACAAUCUCCUCAGUCAAGACUAUGAUGUGGUCGUAUUCGUCAAUGACGUCGGUGAGAACCUUGGAAGUGAACUGGCACCUAUCGAAAACGCUAUCAGUGGAUACAAACAGGUACUAAAAAAGGUAAUUGCCAUGAAACUGAGGAAGAUCCUGCUGGUUGUUGGGCCAAUGCUCACCGCCCUGCCUCAUUACACUUGGGCUAUGGGCCGCAACCCCAAAAUCACCGCCGCACUGGGUGCACUGCAUUCACUCUACGUCCCUAUCCAAGUUCGCGAAAUGACAGAAACUAAGCAGAAGUUCAAUCGCCUGGGUCUGUUCAAGUUUGAUGUUUCGGAACUCAGUGGACGAAUCAUCUACCUGACCUACACACCCCCAGGUGUCAUUGACCAAACUUUGCUCAUCGUUGGCAAGGGUGUCACCAUCGACACUGGCGGUGCCGAUCUGAAAAUCAACGGCGGCAUGUAUGGCAUGCACAAUGACAAGAUGGGUGCCGCAUCAGUCGCCGGCUUCUUUGAGGUGCUCUCCCACCUUAAACCCAAAGGUCUGAAGGUGUUCGGCUACAUGCCUUGCAUUCGUAACGGUCUGGACAAAGAUGCCUAUCUGCCGGACGAGAUUCUUGUCGCUAGGAACGGUCUGCGUGCUAGAAUCGGCAACACGGAUGCCGAAGGACGCGUCAUCAUGUCCGACGUGCUGGACGAAGCUCGCGCGCAGGUAAGCCAGCUAGCCAGCCAGUACGAACAUUCUUCGUACGAGGAAGUAUUGUGA